UAUUCAUUCGCGCCAUUGUAACUGUUAUGUUAAGAUCGAUCGUGCAAACGGCUUAAUUAAAGUUUAAGAAAGACAAGAAAAAAAAAACUUAAAAUUUAUUUGAAUAUCUAAAAUUGAGAAUGAUCUUCAACUUUUAAAAUUCUGAUCUUGCCCUUAAAAAUAGUUAAGAUAGAGAGUGUACAAAAAUGUUUAAAAAUUCGAGCUCUAAACUGAUCGCGAUCGUUGGGAUUGUAAUAUUGAGUGCGGUUGUGAUUAGAUCCCAAAAUGUUCUACUUGAAACUAUAGAAUUUCUUCGGCGCGGAGCUGAAGAUAAUCGACUCGAGAACAUGGAUAACAAACCCAUGGAUGGGGAAUAUGAUUUUAUUGUUGUUGGAGCUGGAACAGCAGGAUGCACAAUGGCCGCCCGUCUCUCUGAGAAUCCAGAUUGGAAAGUUCUUUUGUUAGAAGCUGGUGGACCGGAAAGUCUUGUCAUGGAUGUACCGAUCGUGGCACAUUUCUUGCAGCUUGGUGAAAUGAAUUGGAAAUAUCGAACACAGCCUAGUGAUCGUGCAUGUUUGGCAAUGAACAAUAACCGUUGUAAUUGGCCCAGAGGAAAGGUUAUGGGUGGAUCGAGUGUUUUGAAUUAUAUGAUGUACACAAGAGGUAAUCGAAGGGAUUAUGAUCGUUGGGCCGAUUUGGGAAAUGAAGGUUGGAGCUAUGAAGAAGUUCUGCCUUAUUUCAAGAAAUAUGAAGGCAGUAGUGUUCCGAAUGCCGACGAAGAGUAUGUGGGUCGUGAUGGUCCGGUUAAAGUUUCAUAUGUUGACUGGAAAUCUAAGAUUGCUAAAGCUUUCGUUGAAGCCGCUCAAGAAGAUGGACUUAAAUAUGUCGAUUAUAAUGGCAAAGUUCAGACAGGAGUAUCCUACCUCCACACAACAACCAGGAAUGCAACUAGAUGGAGUUCGAACCGAGCUUAUCUCUAUCCCAUCAAAGGAAAGCGUCCAAAUUUGCAUGUGAAGAAACGCGCUCUAGUCACCAAGAUCCUAAUAAACCCUCAAACUAAGGCAGCCUAUGGUGUAGUAGUGAAGACCGAUGGACAUUAUCACAAAGUUUUAGCACGAAAAGAAGUGAUUGUAACUGCUGGCGCAAUUAAUUCACCACAACUUCUGAUGUUGUCUGGAGUUGGACCUGCAAAGCAUUUGCGUGAAGUUGGCAUCAAACCAAUUGCUGAUCUUGCCGUAGGAUAUAACUUACAGGAUCACACUGCACCAGCUGUUACAUUUACUACCAAUGCUACAUCAUUGCAUUUCGAGGACUUUGCCGAUCCGACACUCUUAACUGAAUUCAAUCGACACGGAGGACCAUAUGGAUCGCCAGGUGGUUGUGAGACGAUAGCAUUUUGGGAUUUGGAUCAUCAAGAAUUAGAAGAUGGUUGGCCAGAUAUAGAGCUGUUUAUGGUUGGUGGUUCGAUGUCGGCAAAUCCUGCUAUCUCUAGAGCUUUUGGUUUGAAAGAUAUUGUCUAUGAUGCAGUAUUUCGUGAGAUUGAACAGAAGAAUCUUAAUGCUUUCAUGAUAUUCCCUAUGAUUUUGCGACCUAAAUCACGUGGAAGAAUUAUGUUGAAGAAUACUGAUCCAACAAAAUAUCCACUCAUCUAUGCCAAUUAUAUGCAUCAUCCUUAUGAUGUGGAUAUAUCGGUGAGAGGUUUAUUGAAGGCUGUAAGUUUAAUGGAUCGUUCGGCAUUCAAAGCAAUUAAUGCCAAAUUGUGGGAUAGGAAAAUUCCAACUUGUUCACAGUUUGCAUAUAAAUCUUAUGAAUAUUGGGAAUGUUAUGUAAAACAUUUCACUUUUACUAUUUAUCAUUAUUCGGGAACGACAAAAAUGGGACCAAAGAGUGAUCGAUCGGCGGUGGUGGAUCCUCGUUUGAGAGUUUAUGGUAUUAAGAAUCUUCGUGUUGCUGAUGCUGGUAUAAUGCCAGAAAUUAUGUCUGGACAUCCAAAUGGACCAGUGUUUAUGAUUGCUGAAAAGGCGGCGGAUAUGAUUAAACAAGAUCAUGGUUUUAUACCGUAGAUUUAGGUAAUAUUUUUGAUAUAGUGUGAGUGAAUGUGAUAGAAAAAAAAAUAAUGUAAAAAUGUAAAUAGUGUGUUAGGCGGGUUAAAUUAAUACAGAUAUAUGUUUUUAUAUUUAUCAUUUUGUAAAAAUGAAAAUGUACUGAAAUAGAAUUGUAAGUUUUUAGAAUAUAAGAAAAU